AUGGUGUGUUGCGCGAUCGUCGGCUGCAAUGCCCGCACGCAGAGCAAGUUGCAGAAAGCAGAGACCAAUGCGCCGGAUCGUGGUUUUUUUAAAGUGCCGAAAGUGCGCACGAACGAGUGUGAGAAGACGAAAGUUCUCUCGGAAGAGCGUCGUCGUGUUUGGCUGGCGCGUAUCAACCGAGCCGGCAUUGCGGACCCUGACAAACACCGCGUCUGCUCACGGCAUUUCUUAUCAGGCAAGCCCGCCGGUCUCUUUGACGACUGCAGUCCUGACUGGGCUCCUUCGCUGCAUUUAGGACACGAUAGUAAAGCGGCUUGCGGGAGCCGAUACAUUCGGCUGAAAGCACGACGAACCCAACGGCAGCAAUCCCAUCCGACAGUUGCAGCCGCGGAUGUACAUCCAGCCGGAGACAUGCCGCCUGGGUCGCAUGCUGACGAGACUGAUGCAGUGCAGUCCUUGGAAUCUGGCAUAAGCUGCCAAACUGAGAUGACUGGGAGCGAUAUCAUUCAGCUUCAAAAGGAAGUAGUCAGCCUACGAGAAGAGCUUGGAUCUGCGAAGGUGGAACUAGCAGCAGGAAAAUUCACCGAAAACGCAUUGCGCCAUAAUGAUGAAAAGGUGUCGUAUUAUACUGGGCUGCCAACAUUUUUGAUGCUCUUCUCCUUGUUCAACAUUCUCAAAGAACACGUAUCACAUUCUUCCAGAAAUGUCCUCACGCAGUUUGAGGAGCUGUUUCUGUUCCUCAUGCGGAUGAGGCUUUGCAUUCACCUUCAAGAUUCGGCAUAUCGCUUCAAGGUGUCACAGCCAACCGUUUCGAGAAUUUCAGAUGGUCCGCAGACAUAUGGUGUCAGGGAAUUGUAUAUAUACAUGCUGGAGAUCUUGUUCAUCCUGCUGGACAGCAACUUCCUUAUCAAUGAUGUGACCGACCCGCUGCUGCGAUACUACCAUGCGCAGCGGGAGCUGGCAAAUGAAGUGCGUUCCAGGCACCGGCUGCUACAUCCCGGUCCCGACUUCCACGAGGAGUUGGGGGCAACCCUAUUUGUUCACUACUUCACACCUAGAGUGCUCAAUAUCAUGCAGGAUAGCUGGCGCUCCGUCACAACAGCUCUCGCCACCUGA